AUCCAUCUAUCUAUCUAUGAGUCAUAGUGCUGUAUCAUACGGAAUAACAAUAAUCAAAUAAUAUAAAACACCAUGCCACUUCAUAAAAUUUCCAAGAUAAAUGUCAUUUGCAUGCCCUGUUUCUUUGUAAAGUUAUGUAGCGCCAAAAAUGAUAGGGUUAUGCAGAAUUUGAAGGGGAGGAGCAGACAGAAGCCUCUUAUCCAGGUAAUCUCCGGAUCCAUCUGCCGGUUCAUCAGCCAUCACUGAGCACCAAACAACAGGGCAGCAUGAUGCUGCUCUCUCCUGCAGCUGAGCGCAGUCAGGACGGUCUGCUGUCGGUUCUCGGGGAGCUACUGGAGGCUCAGUCUCACUGUGAGCUGUUUGGUCUUGAGUUGGGAUCAGGCACAGGGCAGCAUGUGGUGCACUUCGCUCAAGAAAUGCCCUUUGUAACAUGGCAGCCAUCAGACAUCAAGGAGGAGGCACGAAACAGUAUCAGAGCUUAUAUAGGGGCCACUAAAGCAAAAAAAGUGCUGGAGCCGGUGUAUCUGGAUGCCAGUCAACCCUGGGAGAAAUGGGCAGGACUUCCACAAAACUCCUGUCACAUUAUUAUAGCAAUCAACCUGCUUCAGUACAGCCCCUUCAGCACUGCAGAGGGUGUGUUUAAAGGAUCUGGGCAGAUACUGAAACAGAACGGCCUGUUAAUGACUUACGGACCGUAUGCUAUCAAUGGAACCAUCACCCCAAUCUGCAACGAACAGCUGGACCAGACAUUGCGCCAGAUGAAUCCGGACUGGGGUCUUCCAGACGUCGAUGUGCUCAGACAGCUGGCGUUCAGUAACGGAAUGAGAAUGGAACGAAUGAUCGAGAUGCCUGAGAGUAACAAAUGCCUUGUCUUCAGAAAACUGUAGGAAAUCUGUCCAUUCAGAGAACAUGGAUCCGGUCUCCAAGAAAAAACAUCUACGACACUUGACUUUCUUUUAGUCAGUUUCACAUAUUUUCUGACUGGCAUUGCUUUAUUAUGCACAUACUUUCAUAGACAAGAAAAGAAACAUUUCCACUAAUGUACGACUAAUAAAAGAACAAGAUAUU